AUGGCGUAUCAGUCGCACUUUGCGCGCUCCAAGGGCACCCUUGCCACGGACUACGGCGAUGACAAGGACGACAGCCCGGGUGCAUCCAGCAUCUUCAAUCUACCGGUACCCGCAUACUACGCGGCUACAGGCGAUGGCGCUGCUGCCGGGUAUCACAAGGGAGGAAAGUCGACCUCGUCACCCAAAGAUUCGCAGUCGUGCACGAAUGCGUCAGCACGUAGUCUGCGCGCCCAGAGCAUCUUCUGGUGGGCGACGGCACUGCUCCAGUCCAGCUGGAUCUCCUGGUUAUUCAUGCUCGUCGUUCUGCUCGAAGCGGGCGUCAACAUCUCCGUCGAGUCGGUCCUGCUGGCGCGCUUCAACACGCAGAAAUCCAUCGAGAUGGACGUUGCCAAGGAGCGCGCGCUGCCGGUCUUCCUGGUCGUCUUUGGCCUCGCACACCUCUACCAGAUCCUGCUCGCCAUCGACGCAGUUGUCAACAAGAACAUGAUUCUCGUCAUCGGUAUGCUCCUGAUGAACGGGUGCAUGCUCGUCUACAGCGGCAUCCAGAUUGGCGAGAUCCGCGAUGUGCUCGGCACCGGCGUCGUCGCUGGCACCGGCCAGCACAUACCCGUACAGGUCCUUACUGGCUUGAUCCCCGGCGUCGUCGGUGCCGCCGAGGUGGCGUUCGGCGCGCUGUUCGUGCCGCUUUGGAAGGAGUACGGGUGGAGGAUAUACAAGCAGAUCGGAGCGGAUCGCGGACUCAAGCGGCGCUACCUUCACUACCAGAUCUACGUCGCAUUACUGAAGUACGACUUCUUCGUCUUCUGCGCAUACUGCCUGCAGCUUAUCCUCAUCGUGUUGCAGAGGAUGGACGCGGAGCGCAUCAUCACGAUCAUCGCACCGCUCUUCAGCCUCCUCGUCCUCGUCCUCGCCUGGUGGGCGGUGCGCGCAGAGAACAGGGUGGGCAUGUACGCCUUCAUGGUCGGCCUCACAGGCGCGCUAGUCUAUUUUAGCUACAAACUCUUGCGCAUCUGGCAAGACAAGGACGGAGCGUACAAGGAGGUCUAUCGGUCCCUUUCAACCUUCUCUAUCCUCUCCAUCCUCCUGCUCGUCAUCACACUCGGCAUGACUGUGCGCUGCUUGCUCAACUUUGGCCGCGGCCUGCGCGCCGCGAUCGAGCGCAUCAGCACCGCCAGGAAGCUAGGGCACAGGGCGAUGACGAGCAACGGCGGCACGCUGUAUGCGGUCGGCGCGGCCGGCGGCGCGGACGGGAAAGGCGGCCAUGGCAGCAGCAUGCUCUACAUGCACCAUCGACUCAGUAUCGAUUGA